AUGCCUUCAGAGAGGCUAUUCAAUGAGCUUAGCUCAUUACUAGUCGAAUGCCCCAAUACUAUGGGUCUCCAGAGUUUUCUUCCACAAAGUGACCUCGAUAGGGCGAUUACAAAGGAAACUGUCAAAGAUGCGCUACCUUUCGAAGUUCGAUUGCUCAAGCGCCGUCUGCCGGAGAAGGUGGUUCAGAAUGCGAAGAGAGUUUUCGCUAUUCUUGUAAUUAUUGCGAAAGAAAUAGCAAUCAAGGACCUGCUUGCCGAAGGAAUUGCAGACACGCACCUGCCCUUAUCGCGAGAUGAUGGGGAAGAGUCUAAUGUUCUAGUGUCUGCGAAUGGCACUAAGUUCAAGUCAUUUUCUGCUUUUAAACAUGAAACCACUAAGCUCACGAAAGACUUUCUGGAAAAGCAAUGGCUUGUCCAAGCGCCUGUAUUGGACACGGCUGGAAAGCACACCACACUCGACCAGAGAUGCCCCCUGCCUUUCAUAGAGAUGGAACCCAUCGGGGCCGGCCACCACAGCACCGUGUACCGAACCGCACUCCAAGCGAGCCAUCAACAAGGGAUCGAUGACAACAAACAUGUAGUGGCUGUAAAGGAAAUGAAGAAAGAGGAUGAGUUCAACCAAGAACUAGAGAAUCUUCGCGUCAUUCAGAAAAUCGGCAAUCCCCACUUGAUAAGACAUUUUGCCACAUUCAAAAAGGGGCCUGUAUACUAUGUUGUCUUCCCAUGGGCAGGCGGUGGGAGUUUAAAGGACUUCUGGGAAAACGAAGACAGUAAUCCACGGACGCCAGAAUUAGUAUUAUGGUUUCUUCGACAGAUACUUGGCAUUACAAGUGCCCUCAAAGAACUACAUGAUGACAGCCGAAACAUUCGUCAUGGUGAUCUCAAACCAGAAAACAUUCUCCACUUCGGCCGAGGAAGCAAAGGGAUCCUAGUUACUGCAGACGUCGGCGUGUCACGAGUUCAUGGUCACCAGAAGACAAAUAUGCGCCGUGAUCCUACAAAAUCAGUGGCUACAACGCGGUCAUACGAAGCCCCCGAAGCAGGGAUAAAGCAAACUACGGCAAGGUCUCGUAAAUAUGAUAUCUGGUCGCUAGGGUGCAUCUUUCUGGAAUUCAUCAUUUGGUUGCUGUACGACGAGAAAGCAAUCGAAAAUUUCACUUCUACGAGAGACCCGCUUGAUUAUCCUUUUUAUAAGAUACAUGAAGGGAAAAGCAUGGUUCACCCUAAGGUAGUCAUGGCCAUACAGGAAAUCCGGGACGACGAGAGAUGCAAAAAGAGUGCAGCUCUGACCGCCUUGCUCAGCCAUAUUGAAGAAAAGCUUCUGUUGGCCGAAGUGAAAUCCCGUGACACUGCGGAAGACCUCUAUGGAAAGCUCGGAGAGAUCUAUAAAAAAGCUGAGCACGAUCCUUGGAUGAGGGGGGCCGCAGAGUUCGUUUCUGGUGCAGGCGGAUGUUGGAAGUACGGAGCAAUGCAGACAAAAGAGGUGAUACGAGAGGGGCAGUAG